CCAACUCUCUGGUGACGUCAGACGCCGCGACAGGAACAGAGGCUUCCCGGUAGCCGCUCCGCGGAAAGCGUUAAGGCUUCGCGGAGGCGGCGGCGUCAGGGGCGCGCCGCUCACACUCAUGAGGAGCCGGAAGCUCCCAGAUGGAGUGCGGUCAUCAGCCCGCCUGAGGAGCCGAGGGUGCCCAGCCGCCGAGUUGGCCUCUGCACAGGAAGUGGAUGUCCCCAAGUCGGCCAAGGCCGUGUGUCUGACUUCAUCGUCACACAAAACUGACAGGCGAAUUUCCAAGAAGUUCAAGCAUGACAAAGAUAAUCUUGUGAAAUCAGAGUUACAGAAGCUCGUCACUAAAAGUGCUAGUGCUUCCUUGCCAAAAAUAGCACCCAAGACCCCUUGCGCAAACGAGCCUCUGGAGCUUGGUGGACACUGCACAGAGCCCCCAGGCAACGAGGCUGGCGCGACUGCGCAGCAGGAGGCUGAAGGCCUCCCACUCAGCCACUGUGGCAUCCUAAGGGACGAGUGUCCUACACAGACUGACGAUGGCUUGUCCCCGCCAAAGCACAGCGCAGCUCCUGAAGCACAAUUGUCUAACAGCAGCUCCGCAGCACAGGAUGAGUCAGCGCUGGAAGCCGAGGAGGCACAGAAGCCACCACUUCAGAUGGACAACAGCGUCUUCCUUGACGACGACAGCAACCAGCCCAUGCCCGUGAGCCGGUUCUUCGGGAACGUUGAGCUCAUGCAGGUGCUGUCGAGACAGUUUCCACUCAUAGCGACCUUGUGUACAACAGAACAAAACACUGCCCGCUUCUGCAUCGUCCUCACAAUCACUGCUAUGCCGCACCUCAGCAAAAGAAGAAAAUACAAAACAAUAGUAAUUUCAACCCCAGAGGAGAAGGUGAAAGCAUUGCUGGCUGGGGGCACCCCUGCGCUCUCCCGGCUGAGAGUAACUGCUGUGGUGAGACUGGUGCUGGACCUUCCACCUGCGUCUUCAGCUUGUCCUUCCAUGAGCAGACGAGAAUUCAGGAAAAUGCAUUUCAGAGCCAAAGAUGAUGACGAUGAAGAUGAUGAUGCAGAAAUGUAGAUAAUAAAAUGCACAAAAUAAUUUCUCUUGUAUUUAGUGUAGUUAGCAACUUGGCAGUUUUGCAAAUUACAGGAUUCAUAAAAAAUUUAACUCCAAGGGAACUUAUUCUUAAGCACACUUCAAAACGGAACCAUUGAAGUCAACACACAGUGCCGACUCCCAGUAGCUGCAGGUCAAUUGGUAUGAACUGCAGCAACCUUGGGGAUUGUAAAGCCGUUGUUCCUGUGUGGAUGUAUUUUCAUGUAAAUACGGUUCGAGUCAGCUGAGGGGGUUUAGGGCUGAUGGGAGACCUUUGUAAAGAAGAAUUUUCACUUAAAGUGCUUUAGUGUUGAUAAUAUGCAAGUUUAUUUUCCAUUGUCAGAAUUUGGUUGUUCUUGUGAUUCAGUCAGUGCCAGGUUUUAAAGAACAGUUUCCCUGUAGAUGAAGCUGAUGUUUACUUUGGAAAUUUUGCAAAGCACGUAUAGGAAAUAAAUAUAUUUUGAAAGUA